AUGGCUAAAGUUUGUGAAUUUUUAGAAAUUAUGAAUUUUUCUAAAGAGAAUUAUUAUAAUAUUAGUAUAUUUGAAAAUAAAAGGUCUAAUCAACAAGUAUUAAAUAUUAAAGAAAUUUAUAAACAAAAUAAACAAAGAGCUGCUAAAUAUAUAACAAAUUGUGAAAA